CGCCGCCCCGCCCACUCCCGUCAGGCUCCGGGCGGGAUGGCGGCGGCGGGAGCUGCGGGCGGCGAUCCCUUCCAGGAGAAGCUCACACGGGUUACUUUAUGGCUAAAGAAAUUAUAUGAGAAUGUGCCUAUUCCAGUAUAUGAGGUGAAUGAAAGGACAGUGGAUAUUUUGCAUGAAGUUAUGGAGUUCAAUGAAGAGACAGACAGGGAUGUUAUGUUGCUGAUAGAGGACAUGAAGGACCAGACAUCCAAGUAUGAAGCAGAAGCUGACUACUGGAAGGAUAUUCUUGAAAAAAGCCUGGGUCUUUCUAAGGGCAGUCUGUCCGAAGAGGCCACGAAAGACCUCUCUGACCUGGUAGAAAGUGCUGUGGAACUUGAAGUGGAGGACACGUCUCUUAGCAGCUUCUACUGUGCCAUCGAUGACAUGACCUUGGAACUGUAUGAAACAAAAUCAGAAAACGAAGAAAUGGAACUGAAAUAUAAGACUCUCAAGGAAAAACUAACUUCAGCACUGAUGAUGGAAAAGCGAUUAGAGAAGGAUAUUGAAAAACUGGAGAAAUCGCAGGAAGUACAAAAGGCCAAAGCUGAGGCUCAAUCCAAGAACCUGAAAUUCCUGGAAGCUAAGUGUAAGGAUAUGAGAAUAAGGAUCAGCGAUGCUGAGGAUCAGCUUGUUGCCAGGGGGUUGGAUCAAUCCCUGACACAUGAGGCACUCAUGAAAUUGUCUGAGGAACUGGCUGCACUGCGUAAAAAAAAUGAGCCAUUGAAGAUGGAACGGGCAUCAUAUCAUGAUUUACCUCCUAGCAUUCCCUUGGCACAAGUGAUGGUUGAAGAAGAGAGAAGAAAACUUAAAGCCUUGGAUGAAGAGCUCACAAGGGAGAUUGAGGCUGUGCCUUUCGAGCUGACAUAGCCCAGCAAACCCCAGCUCACCUGAAGUGGCCUACAUGGAACAUGAUUUUCCUUCUGUUGCCUACUUACUUGCUCUAGCAAUGUGCACUUCAGAAUUCUUACUUGUACCUUGGCAGGUUUCUGCUUUGUUCUUCUCUCCGUUGGCCUUCUGUUUGUAAACUUCACCUAUUUUUCAUUAAAUAGCCUCCAAACUUGCUGUUGA